AUGUCGUCGAAGCUUCUUCUCCUUCACACUUCUCAUCUCACCGCCGUACAUAUCCGCUCCAGUAUCAUCUCAACUUUCCUCAUCUCCGGCUACAAUUCGCCGUCUUCCAGAUUCUACAAUCCUCUAAAACCAGCUCCCCGUAGUCGUCCUACCUCUCUUAUAUACUCUUCUCAUCCGCAGAGAAGUUUCUCGAUUAACGCCUUCGAUACCAAAAACGACGGAGUUGUAUCAUCGUCGGAGGAGAAACCAAAGGCUGAAGAAGCUGAAAAUGGGAAUUUGGGAAGCUCUGAAACCGGAAAGGAUGCCAGCUCGACUAUAACAUCCGAGAAGAAGGACAGUAGCGAAGACAAGUAUCCGAGUGGAGAAUUCGAGUUCCGGGAAUUCGGUGCGUGGAAAAAGUUUACUGUCAAGUGUAAGAUGCUCUUUGCUUGGCCUUGGCAGCGCGUGAGGAAAGGCAGUGUUUUGACCAUGAAAUUGCGCGGCCAGAUAACUGAUCAGUUAAAGAGCCGUUUCUCUUCAGGACUGUCACUGCCUCAAAUAUGUGAGAACUUUAUAAAAGCUGCUUAUGAUCCUCGAAUCUCUGGCAUAUAUCUCCACAUCGAUCCAUUGAAUUGUGGUUGGGGCAAAGUAGAAGAAAUUCGUAGGCACAUAUUAGAUUUCAAAAAAUCAGGAAAGUUUAUUGUCGGAUUUGCGCCUGCUUGUGGAGAGAAAGAGUAUUAUAUAGGCUGUGCUUGUGAAGAGCUUUAUGCUCCUCCUAGUGCUUACUUUUCACUGUAUGGAUUGACAGUUCAAGCAUCAUUCCUGGGAGGUGUCCUUGAAAAAGUUGGAAUUGAACCUCAAGUGCAAAGAAUUGGCAAAUAUAAGAGUGCUGGGGAUCAACUCACUCGCAAAAAUAUAUCUGAAGAGAACCGAGAGAUGCUGACUGCGUUGCUUGACAACAUUUAUAACAAUUGGGUUGAUAAAGUAUCCCAAGCCAAAGGUAAGAAGAAAGAAGAUAUAGAAAAUUUUAUAAAUGAAGGUGUAUACAAAAUUGAACAGUUGAAAGAAGAUGGAUGGAUAACAGAUAUAAAGUACGAUGAUGAGGUGAUGUCCAUGUUGAAGGAGCGCCUGAAACUUCCGAAGGAUAAGAGUCUUCCUACUGUUGAUUACAGAAAAUACUCUGCGGUUAGGGGAGGGACUCUUGGUUUAACGGGGCACAAGGACCAGAUAGCUGUAAUCAGAGCGUCUGGAAGUAUUAGUCGUUCACGUGGUCCGUUUAGUAUGCGUGGAUCUGGAAUUAUUGCUGAGGAUAUUGUUGAGAAGCUCCGUAGUGCCAGGGAGUCAAAAAAGUACAAGGCUGUUAUCAUCCGCAUUGAUAGUCCUGGAGGUGAUGCUCUUGCUUCUGAUUUAAUGUGGAGAGAAAUCAGACUAUUGGCAGAGUCAAAGCCUGUAAUUGCUUCAAUGGGUGAUGUGGCAGCAAGUGGUGGAUAUUAUAUGGCAAUGGGAACUGGUGUCAUAGUUGCAGAGAAUCUCACAUUAACGGGUUCAAUUGGAGUUGUGACUGGGAAGUUCAAUCUUGGAAAAUUGUAUGAAAAGAUUGGUUUCAACAAGGAAAUAAUAUCCAGGGGAAGAUUUGCUGAGCUUACUGCUGCUGAUCAACGUCCAUUCAGACCAGAUGAGGAAGAACUCUUUGCUAAGUCGGCCCAGAAUGCAUAUAGGCAAUUUCGAGACAAGGCUGCCUUCUCAAGAUCAAUGCCUGUAGAGAAAAUGGAGGAAGUGGCACAAGGUAGAGUUUGGACAGGCAAUGAUGCGGCUUCGCGAGGAUUAAUUGAUGCUAUUGGUGGUUUUCGUCGUUCUGUUGCGAUAGCAAAAGAAAAGGCAAAUAUACCACAAGAUCAUGAGGUAACACUUGUUGAGCUGGUUAGGCCGUCACCAUCUCUGCCAGAACUUUUAACUGGCAUAGGAAGCUCUCUUGCUGGAGCCGACAGAAUCUUGAAUUUAUUAGACGGGUUGGCAUCUUCUGAAGGAAUUCAAGCACGCAUGGAUGGGAUAAUGUUCCAGCUAUUAGAUGGGGACGAUUAUCCUAGUCCCAUAUUAAGAAUGCUGAAGGAUUACCUGGGUUCCCUCUGA